AUGAAUGAUAGUGGGACGGUUAGACAAUCUGAUCAUACUUGGAAACCCCCCGACAAUGGGGUUUUAAAGAUUAACUUUGAUGCUUCCUAUAUUGAUAAAAACAUGUUUUCUGGCUGGGGAUUAAUUUCUAGAGAUGUCGCAGGUAAUAGCAGUGGAUUGCAAGGAGGAGCAUGUAGUGCAAUAGAUCCAGAGCAAGCUGAGGCUCAUGCACUUUUGGAGUCAGUGAUUUGGGCUAAGCAAAAGGGUUGGAGAAAGAUUGUUCUGGAAGGAGACUGUCAAAACGUAAUGACAGCUGCAAAUGGAAAGUCGUAUGCUGUGAAAUGGACUACCCAAAAUGUAGUUAAAGACGCUAUUUUCUUACUUAGUUCUUUUGUAGAAUGGAAGUGCAAAUAUGUGCGCAGAUUUUCUUACUUAGUUCUUUUGUAG